UCUGUGCCAGAGAUCGGACUGUGUUUUUGCAUUGCGCUCUUGUUUUGCAUGUGCAUCAGUUUUUCCUUGGCGUUUUGUGUCCGUCCAUCCUUCGUUUGCAAAGACGACUGGAAAAGUGAAAGUGACUUCAUAUAGGUAAAAAAAACCUGCAUUGGAUCGUGGCUGUUUUGUUACGGGUCCGAUCCCCCUUGUUCCGUUAUCGAUUGUUUUUACUAUACAGUUAUCGAUUAUCGCGGUCAUGUCGGAGGUGUUGCCUUAUGAUGACAACAUCACCCAUUAUGGUGACAAUGGAGACGAGGAAGAAAUAUCACUCACCUGUCGUCUGCAGAACAACACCAACAACUUCUAUGGGUCCACGCCGAACAAACGACCUCCAAAACUCGGACAGAUCGGACGGAGUAAGAGAGUUGUCAUAGAAGACGACCAAAUUGAUGAUGUCCUGAAUAACACAGCAGAAAAGUCUUCAGCGGGUGUGUAAUGCUAAUGGACCUUGGUAAAGCGGCUAAAAUGUGUUACAUGCGUUCUGCAUCAGAUGCACUUUGAGGUUCCACUUAGGAUGGGUUGGAUUUCACAGUGUGGCAGUGGGUGAGGAGAGGUCCUGCUGCAGUCGUCCAGAUGGAGGAUGUUUUCUCUCUUUAAGGGCAUGUUUUCUAUCCCUCUUAUAAAGUGAGAGCUUACACUGGACAUACAAGUCCUAGCGUGUGUUGUAUAAUACAUGUGGAAUUGGUCUGUGGUGGUCAAGGUUCCGUUUAUGUUGUCAGAGGAAUGCAUUGAUAUCAAAAGGGCAAAUUUUUGUUCUUUAUUUUGCCAUGAGACCAAGCGGUUUCUCUGUAUCUUUUGUGCACAAUGAAACGUUUCACUUUAAGCAUCCUAAUUGUGAUCUCUUGGAUAUGUUUUUUGUUUGCUCUUUGCAUAAAGAUGAUGGACCGAGCAAAGUUUUUUUAUAGUGAGAGAGGAAAGACCUACUUUUUAAAACCAGUUUUUCAUGUUGCAUAUCGUAGUUUUUAAUAUGGCUGCCUGCAUUAGCCUGAAGUAAAAAGCUUAUUUUUUAUAUCAAGGAGCUAGUUUAUGUCAGAGAAAUAAAAACUGUUUAUCUAUAUUCGUAGCACUUUUAAAUGUGGUUGUCUCUGCUUUAAGCUGGACAGGUUUGUGCCAAAUAGAGCAAAAAGAUGCCAGUCAACUAGUGUCACCCAAGUAAUGUGAAUUUUUUCAGGCCUGCCUCUUAUACUGUAUGUGUUUCAGGGCUUUUCUAAUGGCUUUGCAUGAGAAUAGCACAAACGCCUCCUACUGUGGCAGUGAAACUGAUAUAUUAAUAUAUCAUUUCUUAUUUUGAUUGACGGACCUUAGACUUUUGAAUGUUGUCUAUGUUGCACUUCCCUAUACUGUUACAGGGCUACAUCUGCAAUGAAAUGUAUCACCAAUAAAAUGUGAUUGUAUAACAUGAA